UGACAGUUCUCUUCUUCCCGACGGUGCGGUCUGUUGUGCAAAAAAUCUCUUCAGAGUUUCGCGAUUUCUUCCGGGCCGAAAAUGUAUUUUUGCUAGUUUUUUCUGCGUAAAUUCGAAUAAACUGUUGUCGGUGUUGAGUAUUUUAAUCAAUUAGACGUUCCGGACGCUGUUUCCACCAUGCAACGGUUAGGCAAAGCCGGACGGAUCGUGUUCCUGCACCGCGGCAGCGGUUCCACCUUCACCAACAAUGUGUUCCUCCAGCAGAAUCUUGCGUGCUACUCGAACCGGCCGCCGGGUUUCUUCUCGAAGGUCUUCGACAACAUCAAGCAGGAGCUGGACAAAAACAAGGAGAUGAAGGAGAAUCUGAAAAAGUUCCGGCAGGAAGCGCAAAAGCUCGAGGAAUCGGACGCCCUCAAAGCGGCCCGGCAAAAGUUCAACACCGUCGAAAGUGAGGCCUCCAAGAGCAGCGAAGUCCUCAAGGACAACCUGGACAAAAUCCGGGGGAGGGUCUCGGAGGUGGUGGACGAAGUGUCGAAAACGGACUUUGCCAAAAAGGCGGGCAAAAUCGGCGAAGAUCUUGGCAAGACGGCCAAGGGCAUGGGCGAAACGAUCGCCGAAAGGGGCCAAAAGCUGGGCGAAACGGGAGCGUUCCGGGGGAUUUCCGAAGCGACCAAAGCGGUCAAGCAGGAGAUUGACAGUCAGGGAAUUUCGGCGCGGGUUUACCGGGCGCCCGAGCGGUUGCGGAAACGGGUCGAGGUCAGCAUGGAGGACGCGGCGCGGGUGUUCGAGGCGAACACGGAAGCGCUCGGCGUGGAGCUGCACAAGGACAGCAAGUUUUACCAGAGCUGGGAGAACUUUAAGAACAACAAUCAGUACGUGAAUAAGGUCCUCAGCUGGAAGAUGCAGUACGACGAGUCGGAGAACCCGAUGAUCCGCGCGUCGCGCCUCCUCACCGACAAGGUCAGCGACGUGAUGGGAAACCUGUUCUCCAAGACGGAACUGUCGGAGACGCUGACGGAGAUUUGCAAGAUCGACCCGAGCUUCGACCAGAAGCAGUUCCUGCGCGACUGCGAGAACGACAUUAUUCCGAACAUCCUGGAGGCGAUGAUCCGCGGCGACCUGGAGAUCCUGAAGGACUGGUGCUUCGAGAGUACGUACAACAUCAUCGCGACGCCGAUCGCGCAAGCCCAGAAGGCGGGCUUCUUCCUCGACUCGAAGAUCCUGGACAUCGAGAACGUGGACCUGGCGAUGGGCAAGGUCAUGGAGCAGGGCCCGGUGCUGAUCGUGACGUUCCAGACGCAGCAGAUCAUGUGCGUGCGGGACAGUAAGAACGCGGUCGUCGAGGGCGACCCGGAGAAGGUGAUGCGCUGUAAUUACGUGUGGGUGCUGUGCCGGGAUCCGAACGAUCUGAACCCGCGGUCGGCGUGGCGAUUGAUGGAGCUGCAGGCGAACAGUACGGAGCAGUUUGUGUAAGCAGGUCGAAAAUGGAAGUCGCGCCAAAAUGGGAGGGAAACCCGAGUUGUUGAUCACUUUUGCGGGUUCCGCGUUUUGGUUCCGGGCGAAUCUUCCGCCUGAAGUCACUGUGGAGAAGAAGCGCCCGGUCAUCAGUCGUCGACGACCGCCACUUGUGUUAAGGCUUAAUUUUAAUCGCUGUAAUGUUUUUUUACGGCUAGCCGUAGGCUGCCAAUCGCCCUCCGAGGUAGAGGACGCGCGGUUCGUGUAAUAAAUCAGAGACUUUGUUAGAUUUAUAAUACAACAAU